ACUUUAUCUGGAAAACCGCCAACGGAAAUUUAUUCAUUGCGUCAUUUGUGUAAACAAAAUCUUUCCUCCCAAAAGUGAAUUAUAAAGUACAAUUGAAUACAAAUCAAAUAAAUAAAUUAGUUAUUCCUAACUAAAACAACGUGAGAUUGUGUUGAGAAAGUGCUAAGGAAGAAUCUUUAUCUUAUUCGUGUAGUUUUUGUCCAAGGUCAAGAGUCAUGAAACCCGGAGGUGCCACGAAAGUUGCUCCCAUCAAAAUCGACACUACAAACGACAAAGUGAGAAAAUCUCUGCACACUUUGCAGCCAGCAGCCACAGACAAAGAAAAUUUAGUCGGUGGUGGAAGAACACUUAGAUCCAGUGUUUUACUGAAGGAAACAAUUAAAGAAGUAAUUAAGGAUGAGAUGUCUACUAAGGGGAGAAUUGAAGUGAAAAACGAUAGCGGAAAAACUGACAAACGAAAGAAAAUCACACUGAAAGAUAAAGGAAUACAAACAGCUCGAGAUAGAAAAAUAAAAAUUGAAGCCAAAGAUUUAAUGUCCGAAGCUGGACCUAGUGAAAAUUAUUGGGAGGUUAUAGCAGAACGAAGACGAGUAGCUUUAGAAGAUGCUUUAGAAGAGAAUAGGGAUUUAACGGAACGUUUACAGAAAAUGGAGGAAGAAUAUCGCCUCUGCCAGGAAAUGUUGCACGAGACGCGUGCACUUGUAGAAGUUUUGCAGGAGGUAAUUGGCGAUGAUCGAAACGACAUAAAUAAUUCGCUAGACGACAGUGUGCUGUGACUUGAUAAAUCAUAAGAUAUUUUUUUUAAAAUUGAGUAUUCUAUUUUGUUUAAUAUUAUUAAUUAAUCAUCGAUAAGGCUGAAGACUAAUGUUGGUCCACUUAUAAAGAAAUUAACAUGAAUAAGAGUAACAGUAUUUUAAGAUUUCACAAAUCAACAAUUGACACGCAUUUUUUUUGUUUGCAAGUUUCUUUUGUUUUCGUUUUUUGUCGAUUUUCCAAGUGCGGAAAAAUAUUUUUCCUCUCUAAAGACAGUCAUCAUUUGAUACCAGUUUUAUGUUUAACAUUUUCUUUUGUUUUAAUAUAAGAAAAAAAUAGAUAUGUGACUAGCUAAUGUUUAAAUGUAAAAAUCUUAAAAUACAAACUCGUAGUUAGAAAUGCGCAAUUCAGUGUGUGUAUGUGUGUAAAUGUGCAUUAUUUAGAUAAAAUAAUCAUUCUUUUUCUAUUUAAUAUUACGAAGACACGCUUAAUAAAUAAAUAAUUGUAUUCGUAAUAUUGAAUACUUAUUUUUAAUAUAAAUUUUUUUCUAUUUCUAACUUGAAAUGUAAAGAAAAGUGUAAAUGAAUGGCAAUAAAAGACUUAUCGUCAUUGUAAAUAUAUAAACAUA